CAGCAAUAUCUCAAGCAGCUUUUCUCUGAAAUCACGUUGCACUCAUCCAGUCAACGGCGCCAUGAAGAUUGCGUUCACUCAAGCCUUCUGGGCCACCUCUGUCGCGUGGACAGUCUCAGCUGCCCCUUCAAGCUCUGAAGCAUUUUUGGAGAAGCGCCAAUAUUCGACCGCGCCCCUGGAUAAUGAACGUGGGUACUAUCCAAUCGAGAUCUGCGAACAUAUCAGUUUUGGGGGGUGCAAACCGGCCAGCGGCGAGUGGGGUGUCUGUGUCAACUUCGACAAGACUAUGAUGCAAGACAGGAUCAGCAGUCUCAAAACUCAGCAUAGACGCUGCAUCUUUUUCGAGCACACGCACUGCUGGGGCAAGCAAGGGGAAUACAAGGGCGAUGUUCCGUGGGUUGGUCCCGAGCUGAACGACCUCUUCUCCUCGUAUAUCUGCUUUCCCAACUAAGUUGGUGGCCGCUGAGUACACAGACUGGUGCACAGCAGCUUCCAGGCCCUCUGUGAUGAACGGUAGCUUGUUUAUUCCUGGUAUACACCGUUACUAGUAG